AUCUAAUGUAAUAAACAACAGAUUAUGAUGAAAUGUAACAUUAUCUAAAACUUGCUUAAGAAGGAGAUACUGAUGCAUAAUUUAGAGUAGGUUUAAUGUAUGAAGAUGGAAAAGGUGCUUAAUAAAAUAUUUAAGAAUGUAUUCAAUGGUAUUUUUAUAUAUUUAUAUUCUAGGUAUUAAUUAGCUGCUUAUAAACAUGCUUAAGCUGCAUAUAAUUUAGCAUCUAUUUAUUAUUUAGGUAGAGUUGUUGCUCCUGAUUAUAAAAUUGCUCAUAAAUACUUUAGUAAAGCAGCUGAAUUAUAAAAUGAAUAAGGAAUGUUCUAACUAGGUUUAAUGCAUUUAUUUGGAUAAGGAGUAGAAUAAGAUUUUGAAAAGAGUAGAGCUUGGUUUGAAAAGGCUGCUAAAUUAGUAUUUAUUCUAUUUUUAUAAUUUUUAAGGGUUCUGUAUCUGCAAUGAAUAACCUUGGUAAUAUCUAUAGAUCUGGUAUUGGGACUCAUAUUCAAAUUGAAGAAGCUAAGAAAUAUUAUAGAAUGGCAGCAGAUAAAGGAGAUUUAUGUGCUAUGACUAAUCUAGCUACUGUUUUAUUGUAAGCAAAUCCAACUGAAGCUUUUGAUUGGUAUCUUUAGGCAGCUAAAGGUGGUUUUGAAAAUGCUUAAUAUAAUCUUGCUGUUCUUUAUGAAGAAGGAACUGGAACUAAACAAAAUUUACCAUAAGCAUUAUACUGGUAUAAAUAAGCAGCAUAAGCUGGUAAUAUAGAAGCCAAAGAAGCUGUCACUAGAUUAAGUCCGAUUGUUCAAAAUUAACAAUAAAAUGAUAAACAAUAGUAGGGUUAAAAUACAUAAUAAUCAUCUGCCAAAAAAGGUGGAUGUGGAUGCAUUGUAUUUUGAUAUUCAUUAUAACUAUUUAUUAUAAAUAUAAAUUAAUAAUGGAGAAUAUUGAAGUGGAAGUUAAAAAACAAUUGAAUUAUUUAAGAAGUUUAUAGAGUUAUCUCUCAGAAUCAUCAGCUAAUCCUAAAGAUUUCGCUAAAAUUAUAGAUAUUUACAAAAACCCAAUACAUAGAAUAUUAAAAUUAAAUUGUUAUCCAUUACUCAAAACCUUUCCAUCAUCUGAACUUAUUUGUCUAGAAUUAGAAAAAGAUUUUAGCAAUAAAGAUUUUGAAAUACAAUUACUCUCACUCAAAUUAGCAUAUUCCUUACCAAUUAGUAAUCUUAUGCAAAUUGUUAAAUCAUAUGAUACAGCAUUUUAUUAGAUUAUAGAAUAGUAAAAAUCUAUAUAUUUAUUAGAUCUUCUGAUUUUCAUUAUGAAAGAUUAUGUGCUGUCAAUUCUAUUUUACAAUUAUUGCUUACAAAAGAAACAGAAGUUGAUUCAAUUGAUAUGCCAAAAUAAACUAUAACUAAUAUUUAUUUGAGAAUUGCUGAAAAUUGUUUUUCCAAUAAUAGAGAUAUCUCAGCUAAUUGUAUUAUCUGUUUAUCAGAUUUUUUGUAGAGUAAAUUAUAAAAUCCAAACAAUCUUACUUAAGUUAAUUAUGAUACAUAAUAAAUUAAAUAGUAUCUAUUAUUAAGAUUAUAACUACUCUAUGAAAAAAUUUGUAGUUAUGAAAUUCGUAUUAGAUCUAAAAUGUUAUUUCUAUUAUCAUAGAUUUUGGUCGAUUCACCUAAAUAAAUAUCACAAUAAAAUACAGUCUAAUAAAACUAAAACACUCUUAUUUAUAAAUUAAAUGUAAUAGACUUUAAUAGUAAAAUCAUCAAAGCUGGCUUAUAUGAUAUUCUUUAAUAUAAUUUUGAAAUAGAUAUCAUUGUAUAAGUUUCCAAUUUUCUUAUCAAUGUUAUUUCUCAAUGUAAAUCAUAUGAAUUUUUUAAUACAAGUUAGAUUGUUUGGUAACUUUUUGAUUACAUAGAUAAAUAUAUAAAGAAAGUGAAUUAUAAAAAAGAAUUAAAUUAGAUUUUACUCUAGAUUCUUUAAUUAGAUAUGGAUUUGAAUACAAAUAUAGCCAUAUCAAUAAGAAUUUUAGAGAUAUCCUUUCUUAUUUCAAAUUAAUUAACUCGAUUGUUAUUUCUGCUUUAUUGCUUCAAUAAUUUAAUCUAAAAAUCUAUCGAAUUGCUUUACUAAAAAAAGACAAGUGCAAUACUAGGUUUAUAUAAUUAGACUUGGUUUCUGACAAAAAUAAAAGAUGAACCUGAAGAAUUAAUUUGUUGCUUAAUCAUAGCAGCUAUUCAUUAAGAAACUAAUAAAUCUAUUUUAUUAGAAAUUAUGGAAAUAUGUAAUGCUUUUAUUUGGGAUGGUUGUAAUAUCGAAGCUAUAAUUAUGUAUUUAUUAUUAAUAGAAGAAUGCAUUAAUGUUAUUCCAUCUGAUGAAAUAAGAUUAGAAGAUCUCAUUAUUAGAAUGAAUAAUAAUUAAAUAAGCUUCAACUAAAAAGUUUAGACAUUAUUAAUCAUUACAAGAAAAUUUACAGAAAGUAGUUGGAAUUGCAAAUUAGAUUAUAUUAAUAUCUUAGCUGAGUUUAGAACUUUUAUGAUUCAACCUAUUCAAACUUAGAUUUGUCAAAUCAAUUUGUUAUAAAAUGUCUAUAAGAUUUUAUAUUAUUUAUCAAUGAAUUUUCAUACACCUGAAAAUCAAAUCAAAUCAUCGAUUCUGGAAUUGUUAUCAGAUUAUAAUGACAGUUUAUAAUAAAGGAAAAAUGAUCAUAUAGCAGAACAAUUAAUAGAAUAUAAUAGAAAUUUUGUUAAAUUACUUUAAUACAAAGAUUAACUUCAACAAGAUUAAUUAUAAAUAAAGAUUAAUAAUUAAAUUGAUUCUAUAAAUCAAAACUUGCAAAAUCUAACAACUUAUUAAAUAGCUUACAAUAUAUUUUAAUAAAAGUAAUUUUCAUCUGAACAAAAUACUCUAAUAAUGAAUUUAAGAUCAUUGUAGUUACCUUAAAAAAAUAUAUUUACUGAAUUGUAAUUAAAUUCAAAAUUAAUUACUGGAGUUAGUGAUUUUGUAUAAAUCUAUUGUUCUCAUACAUUAGAUUUAUAAAAGUCUUGCAUAUGUUUAGGAAUUAGAGUGAUCAACAAUUGUCCAUUUAAAUUAGAUAAUUUAGGAAUCAAAAUAUUAUUAGAUAGAAAUUCUUAUAUUUAAAACAAUUAUAAACUUAUAGAAGAAUUGCCAUCAUAUCAAGAAAAAUAAUUGUUUUAUGUUGUAAAAGUAAAUCCAAAACUCUCUAUGCAUUUUGCAUUUGAUAUAAUAUUAUAAGAUAUAAAAAAUGAAUCAUCUUAGUCUUUUACUAUUAGAACAUAAAAUUACAGGAUUAGCAUGCUUGAAUUUCUUAUACCGAAUACGUUUUUGUAUUUGUCAUAGAAUUGUUUUUAAUAUAUAACGUAUGACACUUCUUUAAUUAUAAAAUGUUAUCUUGAAGGAAAUUAUUUAUAGCUUUAUAAAAAAUUAUUAUCAUAGCCAUUUGCAACUGUAAUCUUAGAUAAUACAAAUCAAGUAUUUUAAUAUUCAAUUAAAUAAAACUUAAAUCUUGAUUUGAUUGCUUAAAAUGUUUCAAAAACUAUAAACAUUGGGUUAUUGUCUUAUUUGAUUAAUGGCUAAAAUUUAGCAAUUAUAAUAUCAAAUAUAUCAACAUAAUCAAAUUCAACUGAAGUAUUGUUGGAGGUAAUCAUUUUUAUUUUAUCUAGAUUAAAUCUGAUAAAAGUUGUAUUGAGAGUUUUUAAACUGAAAUUGAUAAAUUUUUAUUUGAAUUAUCAGAUGGAUUAUUAUCUGUAGUAUUGUGA